AUGAAGGCCAUCCGCCGAUCUCUGAAAGGCGACAAGGAGUCCAAGCAUGGCCCAAGCCUCUCGAUUACACCAAAGACGAUACAAGCCCUCCCACCGAAAAAGGUCAUCAAGGCCCUCUACGACUACCAGCCUCAGAACGGCAAUGGACAAGAGCUGGCGUUCCACAAAGGGGACUUUUUUCACGUGCUGAGUCGCGAAGAUGACACCGAGUGGUAUGAGGCGUGCAACCCGCUCAUUCCAUCAGCAAGAGGUCUAGUGCCGGUCGCAUUUUUCGAAGUGGUGGGUAAGCAGCAGCGACAAAGUGGGAAUUCACUGUCAUCGCCGGGCGAAAAGCUAGACGGUCAUGAUUCCGGCUUCUCCGAGAAAGGCUCAACCAACUCUGGCCACAUGCGGUCCGAGUCUGCCGCCACCACCCGACCUUCUACGCAUCAGAGAGGACCCAGUAUGACGGCACGGAAUCCCGGGGCCAUGGUGUAUGGGGUGGUGCAAUACGAUUUCAAUGCCGAAAGGGCCGAUGAGCUGGAUGCAAAAGCCGGAGAAGCAAUCAUCGUUGUGGCUCAAUCCACUUCUGAAUGGUUCGUCGCAAAGCCGAUAGGACGGCUAGGAGGUCCUGGAUUGAUCCCAGUUUCUUUUGUCGAUAUCAAGGACACCACCACGAUGCAGUCGGUGCCCGAUCCCCUCGAAGCCGUACGGAAAGCCGGGGUGCCACGAGUGGAGGAGUGGAAGAAGUUUGCGGCCGAGUACAAGAACAGCAGCAUUAGCCUGGGCAAGUUCGACAGCCCUCAAGCACAAAUUUCGGCGGAUAUGGCGCGGAUGAGUUUGCAGAACGGCAGUUCGCAACAUUCACUUUCCAGCAACAACUAUGUAAGUGGCAUGGCAGCCAGGAGAGUCUUGCGGUCGAUGAGUGCUGACUUUAAUUGUGAACAACAGGAUAUGCAACGGGCAGAUUCGCGAACAUCACAACAAUCACAAAUCCCCCUGGCGCCCAUUAGCGCGUCGGUCCCGAGAUAUUGCUUCGACAACGACAUGUAUUGGUACAUCAUCGAAUGCCAGAUGGAAGAUGGUCGGUGGUGGGAGUUGUCACGGUAUUACGCCGACUUCUACGACUUCCAGAUUGCGCUGUUGGAAAUGUUUCCCGAAGAGGCCGGCAACAAGGGCAAGCCUCGCACCUUGCCAUUCAUGCCGGGACCGGUGGCCCAUGUCACGGAUGCCAUUUCGAAUGGACGUCGCCAGAACCUCGACGAGUACAUCAAAAAGAUACUGACCAUGCCACCUCACAUCUCCAAGAGCAUGCUGGUCCGAAACCUGUUCAAGCCACGGCCGGGGCAGGACUUUGAAAUCGACCCGAACGCCUUGGGAGAGGAUUAUCGACUAUCAGGGGGUUCUCAGCAAUCGUUUCAGCAGCAGCCGGCUUCUCGAACAUCGUCCAACCCACAACAACCGCCGCAGCAGCAGCCAGGAGGUGUUGGAGCGGGUGCGGGCUAUGGUGGAAUGCCACCUCCAGGGCCUCAAGGAGCACGAACGUCGCAACAACGAUCGCAGAUGCAGGGUCUGGGCCUGGGUGGACCACCUUAUCUUCAUUCGCAGGCCAGUAAUCUGACGCAAGCGUCGACGUCGUCCAGCCUCAAGGCCGGCAACUCGAGUGCCAUGAUGAAGAUCAAGGUUUUUUACCAGGACGACAUCAUUGCCAUCCGAGUGCCGCAGGACAUCUUGUUCUCACAGUUGAAAGAGAAGCUGAUGGACCGAUUGAAGGUCGGCGAGAAUAUCGUGAUUCAGUACAAGGAUGAAGCGACAAAUAGCCUUCUCGACCUGCAGAACGAUGACAAUUUGGAUGUGGCAUUGCAGAGAAAUCCCAAGUUGACCUUGUAUGUCAACCAUCAUCACAGUCCAGCUUGA